UGGUUUACGGAGGGGGAGUCUCAAAGGCCGCUGAAUCCAGCAGCGAUGGAGAACGGCACCGGACUUUGCGCAGAAGAGCGCCCAUGGGAGGUCCAGGAGACCACAGUCACCGAGGGGGCUGCCAAGAUCGCCUUCCCCAGCACCAACGAGGUCUUUUACAACCCAGUGCAAGAGUUCAACCGGGAUCUAACAUGUGCUGUGAUCACGGAGUUUGCUCGCAUGAAGCUUGCAGCCAAAGGAAUCCAGAUCAAGGUGCCAGGUGAGAAAGACCUGCAAAAGGUGGUUGUGGCCUUGUCGGAGCAAGAGGAGAAAAAGGUUGAACUGAAAGAGAAAGAGAGUGAAAACACAGCUCCAGGAGACCAUUCUCGAACAGCCGUCGUAGGGGAGAUUUGUGAGGAAGGUCUGCAGGUGCUGGAAGGCCUGGCAGCUUCGGGCCUACGUUCCAUUCGAUUUGCCCGAGAGGUGCCUGGACUCCGAUCUGUGGUUGCCAAUGAUGCAUCUGCCCGAGCCAUAGAUCUUAUGCGCCGUAAUGUGCAGCUCAAUGAUGUGGCCCACCUGGUACAGCCCAGCCAGGCAGAUGCCCGGAUGCUGAUGUACCAGCACCAGCGAAUGUCAGAGAGGUUUGAUGUCAUUGACCUGGACCCCUAUGGCAGCCCUGCCCCCUUCUUGGACUCAGCUGUGCAGGCUGUGAGUGAAGGAGGGUUGCUGUGUGUGACCUGCACGGACAUGGCGGUGCUGGCAGGAAACAGUGGGGAGACGUGCUACAGCAAGUAUGGGGCCAUGGCCCUCAAAAGCCGGGCCUGCCAUGAGAUGGCCCUGAGAAUCGUCCUACAUAGCCUGGACCUCCACGCCAACUGCUACCAGCGUUUUGUGGUGCCACUGCUCAGUAUCAGCGCCGACUUCUAUGUGCGUGUUUUUGUUCGUGUCUUCACUGGCCAGGCCAAGGUCAAGGCCUCUGCCAGCAAGCAGGCACUAGUAUUCCAGUGUGUGGGUUGUGGCACCUUCCACCUCCAGCGCCUUGGCAAAACAUCAAGAGCCCCUGGCGGCAGGGUCAAGUUCUCUGCGGCCUGUGGUCCCCCUGUGACCCCCGAGUGUGAGUACUGUGGGCAGAGACACCAGCUUGGUGGCCCUGUGUGGGCAGAGCCCAUCCAUGAUCUGGACUUUGUCAGUCGUGUUCUGGAUGCUGUAAGCGCCAACCCCAGCCGCUUCCACACCUCAGAUCGGAUCCGAGGGGUCCUGAGUGUCAUCACUGAGGAGCUCCCAGACGUGCCUCUGUACUACACGCUAGACCAGCUCAGUGGCACCAUCCACUGCAACACACCCAGCCUCCUGCAGUUGCGGUCAGCCCUCCUCCAUGCUGGCUUCCGAGUCUCUCUCUCCCAUGCCUGUAAGAAUGCAGUGAAGACAGAUGCCCCUGCCUCAGCUCUCUGGGACAUCAUGCGCUGCUGGGAGAAGGAGUGUCCUGUGAAGAGGGAGCGCCUGUCAGAGACCAGCCCAGCAUUCCGCAUCCUCAGUGUAGAGCCCAGGCUGCAGGCCAACUUCACCAUCCGGGAAGAUGCUAACCCCAGCUCCCGCCAGCGAGGACUCAAGCGCUUCCAGGCCAACCCAGAGGCUAACUGGGGCCCUCGGCCCCGAGCCCGGCCUGGGGGCAAGGGGGCCAGCGGAACUAUAGAGGAGAGACGCAAGCUACUGCAGAAUAAGCGCAAGGAGCUGGCUGAGGACCCAGCUCAGCGGGCUGCCAGGCUCAAGACAUUUACUUGCAAGAGGUUCAAGGAGGGCACUUGUCAGCGUGGGGACCAGUGCUGCUAUUCCCACAGCCCCCCAACACCCAGGGCCUCUGCUGACGGGAGGCUCCCUGACUGCCAAGAGACCUCCAGCCAGAACCCUGAGCCUGGGGCUGCCACAGGCCCAGAAUAGACUGAACCAAUAAAGAGAUAUCAC